GAGACUCGAACAUUCCAACCCGGAUCGUUGCACAUUUGAAGCAGAAUACCCAAGGGAUAGAAGAAGUGGACUCAGUGAAAGGGAGAUCAUACAGACAACUUAAAGACAAAGAGAAGGAGAGAGAAAGGUUGAAAAGAAAGAGAAAGAAUAAGGGAGCAGGGAAAGAGAGAAAGAAUGGAAAGCUGAAGACUUCUCAUUAACAAAUAGUGGACAGUUUUCUUGGUUGCUAGCAACAACGGCGCCACACAAACAUGAAUGAAUGAAUGUGCCUCUACUCUCAAUGAGACAGGGGUGCGGAGUUCCAGCGUGUCUCCCAGCAGAUGUGGAAGGCUAAGUUGCUGCGUCAGGAGCAGAGCUAAAAGGCUAACAUCUGAGAAGCAGAGAGGACGACAACAUGCCUCCCUGACCACCGCCAGCGCCAUCCCUAUUUGCAUACAACCUUCAGGAUAUCCACUCAGUGAAGAUGUAGUCCAACUGGUUGCCUUGGAGAUGUUUCUAAACAGGGCUUCCUCUUGGCGCUGUCCCCAUGCCCUGUUGCUGUGGACUCUGUGGGUUCUACUCCUCCCCUCAACUGUCACCCUGACCACAGGCCCCGGCAACAGCACCCUGCUCUUUGACAGCACCGACAACAGCAACAGCCUGCGGAACUGCAGCUGCUCCGCCCACAUCCAGGACUGUGACGAGGCGCUGGCCAACCUGCUGUGCAGCUGCCACACUGUGCUGCGCUCCAAGCUGACCCCCGGUGGCCUGAGGGAGCAGGGCGGACUGACUGUGUGGCUCAGAGAGCCCUGGGUUCUCACAGAGCUGCUGAAUGGCAGCGUGGUGCUCGACCUCCGCCUGUCGUUCUGUGGCACUGGCACCCUGGCCAUCCCCAACCAGUACCUGGCCCUGUUUGGCCUCCGUAGGCUGAGGGUCCACAGUGCUGCCCAGGAUGCUUCACACCUGGAGCAGGUCCUCACCAUCUCCUCUAGGAGUAGGGAUAUGGAGGGGAUGGGGUACCUCUCCUCCACUGACCCCGCCUCCCCCUCCUCCGUUCUCCAUGUAUCCAUCCUGGAUGUGUCAGUGCUAAAUGGGUUGUCGUCCCUGAAGGCCUACAGUGUGAGUGCCACUCCCAUGUCCACCCUCUUCCAAUACUUCCCCCACCUGCCCCUACACCCCUCCACCGCCCUGGAUCAGCCCUCGGAGCCCCAACAGGACUGCCUCCUCACCUUCAUAUACUAGACCUGUAGACUCUGAGCUCAGAGCUAGAUCUGUGGAAACUAGACUGGGCUGGAUGGAUGACACAGGUGCCUACAAGAGCUCCAUCCACCCAGAUGUUACUGAAUGGGCUUGAUGUGCAGAGAGCUGUGCUACUUUUCAAUGUGUGUCUAUAUGGUGCAUUUCUACAGUGCAGGAAAAAACAAACACUAUUGUCUGUCCUCAAGAGGACUCUGGACAAGAAAACACAACCAUCUCUGAGAAGAAGAUGGAGUCAUAUUUCAAUAUCACUGCAAGAGAAAGGGAGAGGUCCGGUUAGGUGAGAGUAAGACAACGAUGGCAUCCGUCUGCUGCUCUACAAACUGACAGAGCUUGUAGACCUGCUGCUGACAGUUAAAUUUUCCAGCUGCUCUUUUCUCUCGGUUAUUGCGUGCAGAUGGCCUAUUAAAACAUGUUGUUUUGAAACCGGUUACGAUGGCUGCCUUAUAAAUGGGCCAGUCUGAUUAGAACCUUGUUGGAUCGUCAGGCGAUGGACUUCACUCUUCGUGACUGUACAGUUCUGAAUCCACCUACUUAAGCUGGACUUGGUUGGGGUUUUAUUCUUGAUGAAGCUAAAAGCGUUUUGGACUGGUUUGAUCUGGAGAUUGGUCCGCCCAUGCUGGAUUGAUUACAUCACUCUGUUUCUGGUGUUCUAGAAUUCAGAGUUGUCCUGGAACAACCUUGGAAUGGAGUGUUCUCAUCUCUAUGUUCGACAAUGUGUUCUUCGGCUCAUGUUCUAGAACAGGGAUGAGCAAACUUUUUGGCUCGAGGGCCACAUUGGGAUUUUGAAAUUCAACAGAGGGAUGCACAUUAUUUUUUUCACUAAAUAAUAAUUCCCCCAUCAAAAGUUUGUAAAAAAAAUACUCAAACCUCCCGCCGGAUUGAAUGUAGUUUGCCCACUCCUGUUCUAGAAUGACCAUGUAUAUUUACUGUAGUACCUUGACCAGGGACCUACUAUAGACCAGCCUAGUAAGGGUUAAUAAAUUGUACUCAUGGUGUAAAAAAAAGGAGCAUGCAAAGAGGUGUUAGGAACUCAAAAAGAAGUUCUACACUCAGAAAACGAAUGGCACCAAUCUGGUCUUUAUUUCCAUCUCACAUCCUGAGAGAGACGUAAACAUUCAAUUCAUCUAAAACCACUCUCACAAACAAAGACUGCAGCCAACACUUCUGUUCUGUAGAUCAUCCAGAGUCUCUGAGUGUGUGCAUGCGUGCAUAUGAAUGUGUGUGUCUACGCGAUGUGUGCAUGUGUACAGUGCAUUCGGAAAGAAUUCAGACCCUUUCACCUUUCCAACAUUUUGCUACAUUACAGCCUUAUUUGAAAAUGUAUUAAAUUAUUUUUCCCUCAUCAAUCUACACACCCAUAAUGAGAAAUUAAAAACAUUUUUUUGUGAAAAUGUAUUUUAAAAUAAAAACCACAAAUACCUUAUUUCUUAUAUUUACAUAAGUAUUCAGACCCUAUGCUAUGAGACUCGAAAUUGAGCACAGGUGCAUACUGUUUCCAUUGAUCAUUCCUGAGAAGUUUCUACAACUUGAUUGAGUCCACCUGUGGUAAACUCAAUUGAUUGGACAUGAUUUGGAAAGUCACACAUCUGUCUAUAUAAGGUCCCACAGUUGACAGUGCAUGUCAGAGCAAAAACCAAGCCAUGAUGUCGACGGAAUUGUCCGUAGAGCUCCGAGACAGGAUGGUGUCGAGGCACAGAUCUGGGGAAGGGUACCAAAAAAUGUCUGCCGCAUUGAAGGUCCCGAACACAGUGGCCUCCAUCAUUCUUAAAUGGAAGGAGUUUGGAACCACCAAGACUCCUCCUAGGCCAACUGAACAGUCAGGGAGGUGACCAAGAACCCGAUGGUCACUCUGACAGAGCUCCAGAGUUCCUCUGUGGAGAUGGGAGAACCUUCCAGAAGGACAAUCAUAUCUGCAGCACUCUACCAAUCAGACCUUUAUGUUAGAGUGGCCAGACGGAAGACACUCCUCAGUAAAAGGUACAUGACAGCCCACUUGGGAGUUUGCCUAAAGGCACUCAAAGAUUCUCAGACCAUGAGAAACAAGAUUCUCUGGUCUUAUGAAACCAAGAUUGAACUCUUUGGCCUGAAUGCCAAGCAUUAUGUCUGUAGGAAACCUGGCACCAUCCCUACGGUGAAGCAUGGUCGUGGCAGCAUCAUGCUGUGGGGAUGUUUUUCAACGGCAGGGACUGGGAGAUUAGUCAGGAUUGAGGGAAAGAUGAACGGAUCAAAGUACAGAGAGAUCCUUGAUGAAAACCUGCUCCAGAGCGUUUAGGACCUCAGACUGGGGUGAAGGUUCACCUUCUAACAGGAUACCGUCCCUAAUUACACAGCCAAUACAACGCAGGAGUGGCUUCGGGACGUCUCUGAAUGUAUUCGAGUGGCCCAGCCAGAGCCCUGACUUGAACCCAAUCUAACAUCUCUGGAGAGACCUCAAAAUAGCUGUGCAGCGAUGCUCCCCAUCCACCCUGACAGAGCUUGAGAGGAUCUGCAGAGAAGAAUGGAAGAAACUCCCCAAAUAAAGGUGUGCCAAGCUUGUAGCGUCAUACCCAAGAAGACUUGAGGCUGUAAUCGCUGCCAAAGGUGCUUCAACAAAGUACUGAGUAAAGGGUCUGAAUACCUCUACAAUCUUUUUUUUGCUAUGUCAUUAUGGGGUAAAGUGUGCAGAUUGAUGAGGGAAAAACGAUUUAAUCCAUUUUAGAACAAGGCUGUAACAUAACAAAAUGUGGAAAAGUCAAGGGGUUUGAAUACUUGAAUGCUCUGUACAUGCAUAGUGUGUGCAUAUUCUUUUCUCAUCUACAUAUUGUAACCCUAUGGGUCCUGGUCAAAAGUAGGGCACUAUAUAGGGAAUAGGGUGCCAUUUGGGACGUGAGCACUCACUAAUGACUGUUGAUGUUGGAAUCUGUAUUUCCGCUAUAAUCUCUCAAGCACAGGCUCACUCUGUACAGCCAGAAAUCUGGCAUUAGUCUUUCCCAUCUGGGGAAUGUAUGAAUAGACACCUCUGAAAACCAUUACCUGUGGAUUAAACAUUCAGGCUAGGUCAUCAAAAAUGUGUUGCUCCUUGCUCUAACCCUCUGCCUCUUACGGAAAAACCACAUGACUUAACAUGUGGGAAAUCCCAUGAUUUCACAUGUGACAUUUCCAUAUGUUCGGCACAUGUGAAAUCAUGUGUUUUUGGAACACUUCACGUUAUGUGGAUUUUCACACGUGAAACCAUGUGUUUUAAAUGUGAUAAUAUUUCACACGUGGAUUUUCACGUUGUGGAUCAACAUUUUCAAAUGAGAUUUCAUAGAUGAUGCCCUACAAACAAAAAUAAGUUGUUAUGAUACACAUUGUGUUUUCAACGUACAUAUUUGACAAACAUGACUACACUAGCUAGGUUUCCAUCCAAUUGGCAACACAUUUUAAUGUGAAUAUUCUAAACUCCGCAUGAAAACAAGAUGUGUUUCCAUCAAAUUGACUUGCAGAUAAAAGUGAUGAUGCAGUGCACAUAAAACUAAAUUUUGCAGUUAAAUUCCCAUAUACCGAAUAAAAAAUGCAAGUUAAA